GCGACUUCAUUCUUCAUUUGAGGUUAAGCAUCGCAAAAGCUUCAUGAAUGAGGUAAGGGCAUUGACAGGGAUUAAGCAUCGGAACAUUGUGACACUCUAUGGCUUUUGUUCGAAUGCACAACACUCGUUCUUGGUUUACGAGUACGUGGAGAGGGGGAGUUUGUUGAGUAUUUUGAGUAACGAAGUAGAGUCCAAGAAAUUGGAUUGGCUUAGAAGGGUGAAUAUCAUAAAAGGUGUUGCUUAUGCUUUAUCUUACAUGCACCAUGAUUGCUCACCCCCAAUUGUUCAUCGAGACAUAUCAAGCAGUAAUGUUUUGCUUGAUUCCAAGUUUGAAGCUCGUGUUUCAGAUUUUGGCAUAGCUAAGCUUCUCAAGCCAGACUCAUCCAAUUGUACUGCACUUGCAGGGACAUAUGGCUAUGUAGCACCAGAGCUUGCCUAUACAAUGAAGGUUACGGAAAUGUGUGAUGUCUAUAGCUUUGGAGUAUUAGCAUUGGAGGUAAUCAAAGGAAAGCAUCUUGGGGAAUACCUUACUCUUCUAGCAAAUUCAUCGACAAGAGAUGUGCAGCUUAGCGAUUUGCUAGAUGAACGCCUUCCACAUCCUGAAGAUGAAGUAAAAGAGCUUAUGGUUUUCAUCAUCAAGCUAGCAAGCUCGUGUUUGCUUGAAAAUCCAAAAUCAAGGCCAACGAUGCACUUCAUCUCUCAUAUGUUAUCAAUGGAUCCACCAGUUCAUCAGAUUCCAUGAAGGUGAGCUUCCGAGAUGUAAGGUGUCCUUAUAUGAAAAAGAUUAUGCUUGGCACCAAGUGGUUGUGAAUUGAUAAGUUUGUUGACAGAACUUUCACAACAAAGUAUUGCUGGGACUAGCCUUUUCUGUAUUGUUUGGUUGCUUAUAUAGUUAUUACUUAUUUCAAUCUGAAAGAUUCAGAGCCUUUGUACUACAUUAUAUACAAAUUACAGUAUACUGUAGAAGCUAAUUGUUUAAUUUCCUUGUACCAGUAAGUAAUAAAAGCAAGUUGCAUGUUCGCUAAGUACUACA